GAAAUCAACGACGUUUAGGGAAUUUUGGUUUUUUGUCUUUCAAAAAAAAAAAAAAAACUGAACUCUUCCGGUGAAAAAUCUUGGCCAUGGCUACAAUUUCUCCGGGAGGAGCUUACAUCGGAACUCCCUCACCGUUUCUCGGCAAGAAACUUAAACCCAAACCGUUUUCUUUAACAUCACCGAUUUCGAAUUCUAAACAAACGGUGAAGCUCAAUUCCGAUUGCCGUGCUCAAUUGAUCGAUGCAGUUCACAAUCUCUUCGUCGGAGUUGGUGUCGGACUUCCAUGUACGGUGAUGGAGUGUGGUGAUAUGAUCUAUCGCAGUACCUUGCCGAAAUCGAAUGGUUUAACGAUCACUGCUCCUGGAGUGGCUUUAGCUCUCACUGCUCUCUCGUAUCUUUGGGCCACACCUGGCGUUGCUCCUGGGUUUUUCGAUAUGUUUGUUCUGGCUUUCGUUGAGAGAUUGUUUAGACCUACGUUUAGGAAGGAUGAUUUCGUUUUGGGGAAGAAAUUAGGGGAAGGUUCGUUUGGUGUUGUGUAUAGAGUCUCAUCAUCUAAGAAACGUUCUAAUGAGGAGGGUGAGUAUGUAUUGAAGAAGGCAACUGAAUAUGGUGCAGUGGAAAUUUGGAUGAACGAAAGGGUUCGAAGAGCUUGUGGUAAUAGUUGUGCUGAUUUUGUUUAUGGAUUUCUCGAGAAGUCUUCAAAGAAAGGACCUGAAUAUUGGUUGUUGUGGAAAUAUGAAGGAGAAUCAACACUUGCUGGUUUGCUGCAGAGUAAAGAAUUUCCUUAUAAUGUAGAAACUAUCAUCCUUGGGAAAGUCCAAAACUUGCCUAAAGGGUUGGAAAGAGAAAACAAAAUUAUUCAGACUAUCAUGAGGCAACUCUUGUUUGCAUUGGAUGGUCUUCACUCAACUGGGAUUGUCCAUAGGGAUGUGAAGCCUCAGAACAUUAUAUUCUCAGAAGGUUCUCGUUCUUUCAAGAUCAUCGAUCUUGGAGCUGCAGCUGAUUUGAGAGUGGGAAUUAACUACAUUCCAAAAGAGUUUCUCCUGGAUCCAAGGUAUGCAGCACCUGAGCAAUACAUCAUGAGCACCCAAACUCCAUCUGCACCUUCAGCCCCUGUUGCAGCUGCACUUUCCCCUGUCCUGUGGCAGAUGAAUUUACCUGACAGGUUUGACAUCUACAGCAUUGGCCUCAUCUUCCUUCAAAUGGCAUUCCCAUCCUUACGAUCUGACAGCAACCUCAUUCAGUUCAACCGCCAGUUAAAAAGAUGCGAGUAUGACUUAACUGCUUGGAGAAAAUUAGUGGAGCCUCGUGCAAAUGCUGAUCUCCGUAGAGGGUUUGAGCUAUUAGACCUAGACAAUGGCAUCGGCUGGGAACUUCUUACAUCAAUGGUCAGAUACAAAGCAAGGCAAAGAAUCAGUGCAAAAGCAGCUCUUGCUCACCCAUAUUUUGAUAGACAAGGAUUACUUGCGUUGUCUGUCAUGCAAAACUUAAGGAUGCAGUACUUCAGGGCUACACAACAGGACUACAGUGAAGCAGCAAAUUGGGUGAUUCAGUUAAUGGCAAAAAAUGGGACAGAAAAAGAUGGCGGAUUCACAGAAACACAACUCCAAGAACUCAGGGAGAAAGAGCCUCGAAAGAAGGCGAGUGCGCAGAGAAACGCUCUUGCAUCAGCACUUAGGCUCCAGAGAAAGCUUGUAAAAACAGUUACAGAGACUAUAGAUGAGAUUAGUGAUGGCCGCAAGACCGUGUGGUGGAACCGAUGGAUCCCCAGAGAGGAGUGAGGACAGAGUCAACUUACGAUAAAUAUCAUUUUCAUUUUCGUUCCGAUAUUGUAAAUCUCAAAUGUAUAUCUUUAUUAGCCCUUAGUAAAAAAAAUUCUACUACUUGUAAAAAUCAAGUAACCUUAAAGAAAACAUUGUACUGUAGUCUCUGACUCUGUCUCUGAAGUUUCAGAACACUUGUGAAUA